AUGGAAUUCAUCAGUUAUGACAGUCCGUCCGAAUUCAAAGCAGGCAAGAAAAGUCAAGUCGUACGGAGCUAUGUGACCAAACGACAGCAUCGCCUCAAACGAGAGGCUGAGCACAAAGCCAAAGGCGAAGACUCUCGGAGCGUGGACGCAGAGCCCGAGAUAUCCGGCCAAAUUGAUACUAAACCCGGCGAACAAGGGUCGACUCAUCAGACGAAGCCGCGCUCCCGGAGGAGAAAGAAACAUGCCGUGGCAUUGGGGUCCAGCUCGCCGCGUCUUCCACCUCAAGUCUCCCAGCAGCUGAUGUUGCCCUGCCGCAGCGCCUUCGAUACCUUGGAAUCGUUUAUCCACGCCACCAUGGUGCCCACCCAUGUGUCCGCCCUGGGUUUGGAUUCUUCCGAGACGCAGCUGGCAUCACAAUGGUUUUCAUCCGCUUCUGUCUUCGAGCCCGCGCUGUACACCAGCGCACUGCUAACCGCCGCCCCAAAUUUCAAGUCAGUCUCUCCGGACCUUAUCUUCUACCUCCAGAGCGCGACCAUCACAUCUCUCGUGGAGGCCUUCGCCAAUGAAAAGCGCAGACAAGAUCCCGCUCUCAUUAUCGCCGUGGAGUGCCUCACAUUCUACGAGUGCUUAUAUGGCGAUCGGAACCUGGCGCAGAAAUUCCAUCGGCCGGCCAUGCGGAGAUUGAUCCAGGCUCACGGAGGCAGAGACGGCGUAGAAAUACCGCUGGCGUGGAAAAAGGUGUCGCUCAUGGCUGACAUCGUCAUGGAGAUACAGAUGGGCAGCGAGGGCGAGAGUUCGUUUCUGAUGAACGAGUCGCAUCAGGAUGCAGGGAUCUUGGAGGCCGAGUGGACGGAGGCGCUGAAGAUGUACUUGCCGGAUGUGGAAGGGGGAACUUCUGGCGGUCGCUUGCCGAGCAGGAGGCGAGACCGCUAA